AAGAAUUCGCGUGAUGUAAAGUUUGCUGAUGAUUUUUUGCAUAAUUUUUUUUCCCUAGCCUCACAGUUGCCCAGCUUUUAAAGCGACUUGUUUCUUCGCAGUAUCACGAACAUAGUCGUGUAUAGACUAUAGUAUUGGUGUCUAAAUAUCGAAAGUUAACUGUCAAUUAGGAAAACAAACUGGGAAGACUUGACAGACUGCGUCAGAGUUACAAGGAUCCAUAAUAGGUUAGAGGUGAAAAUGGCAACAGAUCUACUGCCUGACUUCCCACCAGGUCCUCUUGAUUGCUAUCGUAAAAGAUCUUCUUUCAAUUGGAAGUCUAUGAAGAUGCUUUUAGAAGAUCCAGAGAUUUUGAAAUAUAAGAUGAAAAUAUGGAAUCUCUUUGAGGAAGAUCAAGAAUUUCAGCAUGCUAAUACAACAUUAAGUCUGGAUGAGCAGCGGCGUGUGGCCAUAAGAAGACUGUAUCGUUUAAGACAACUUUACAAACUAACUCCAGAGGAGAUGAUGGAAGACACUCGUAAGCCUUAUGCAAUGGUCUCCUCCCUAUUUCAAUAUGAGCCAUCACUUGCUGUGAAAUCAGGGCUAACAUUUGACAUGUUCACCAACACAAUUCGGGCCAUGGGUACUGCAAGGCAUUAUGACUUCAUUGAAGAUUGUGAGGCAGCAAAGAUUGGAGGCUGUUUUGCUCUUACUGAAAUCUCACAUGGGACGAACACAAAGGAAAUGAAGCUAACAGCCACAUAUGAUCCACAAACCCAAGAGUUUGAGCUUCAUACUCCUGAUUUUGAAGCUGCAAAGUGUUGGGUGGGUUGCCUAGGAAAAUGUUGCACUCAUGGAAUAGUAUAUGCAAGGCUUAUUACUCCGGAUAAAACAGACCAUGGACUACAUGCAUUUGUUGUUCCCAUAAGAAAUCCAGCAACUCUUAAGCCUUUUGCUGGUGUAAUUGUUGGUGAUAUGGGAGAGAAGAUUGGUCUGAAUGGAAUUGAUAAUGGUUUUGUGAUAUUCAAUAAGUACAGGAUACCCCGUGAGAACCUCUUAAAUAAAACAGGAGAUGUAACACCAGAAGGAAAUUAUGUUAGUCCAUUUAAAGACCCAAAUAAAAGACUAGGAGCCUCACUCGGAGCACUGUCUGGAGGCCGAGUGACUAUUAUAUCGAUAGGUGUGUGCUAUCUUAUGAAAGCAAUUCCCACUGCCAUUCGAUAUGCUGCAGUACGUUCAAAUGAUACACCAGUUACAGGAAGUUCAUCUGCUUUGAUAGAAAACCAGUAUAAGCAAUGGCAGCUGAUUACAUAUUUGGCUGCAACAUAUGCACUGAAGAUCUUCUCUGACUUUUUUUCGAAUCUGAUGGCUGAUUUCCAAAUAAAGACAUUCCUUGGAUCAAAUAAGGAGGAACUGGCAGCAUUAGGUCCUGAAAUUCAUGCCCUGUCAUCUGCUGCCAAGCCAUUAACAGGGUGGAUAGCACGAGAUGGUCUUAAACAGUGCAUUGAUAUUUGUGGUCACUAUGGUUAUCUGAAAGUAUCUACACUUGGAGAAAUUCGCAACAACACUGAUGCAAGCUGCACUUAUGAAGGAGAGAACAAUGUGCUUGUACAGCAGACAAGUAACUGGCUACUUCAGUUAUGGAGGAAGGGCAAGGGCAGCCCCAAUGAAUUUAAAACGCCGCUCCACUCCAUUUCUUUCUUGGCUGAUGCUGCAGAUAUUCUUCGAAGUAGAUUUAUGGCUGUAUCUGUUGAAGAGGCAACAAGUCCAAAAACCUUGCUUUCUGCAUAUGAGUGGCUGAUCUGUUGGUUGCUGGUAUCAACAGAGGAGAAACUGGAGAAAUUACAAAAGACUGGAGCUGAUCCUUUCACUGCAAAAAACAACUCUCAAGUGUUCUAUGCUCGCACACUUUCACUAGCCUAUGCAGAGCAUGUUAUUCUUUCAAAGUUUUGGACUUUUGCUUCGUCACGAGAUGUAGACCCAGCACUUGCCAAUGUCCUGAAGAAGCUGUGUUCGUUGUAUGGAUCGUGGAGCUUGGAGAAACAUCUGGCACUGCUAUAUCAAGGAGGAUAUAUAAGAGGUCCUCAAGCAUCUGAGAUGCUACAUGAAGGCAUUCUUUCUCUGUGUGCUCAGCUGAAAAAUGAUGCUGUCUCUUUAGCUGAUGCCAUAGCACCACCAGAUUUCAUUUUAAAUUCCAUACUGGGAAAAUCAGAUGGUAAAAUUUAUCAAAACCUGCAGACACAUCUAUUCCAGAAACCUCAGACAUUUGAACGACCAUCUGGUUGGGAUGAGAUGACAUUCCAACAAAGUAAACUGUAAUCAUUGCAAAAGCAAGCAUAUAUUUCCGUACUUUCAGUACAAUAAUAUAAUUGCUUGAAAAACUAUCCAUUUUGAUAUUUUUACUUGUACAUAUUUACUUUGUUUCCAUGAUAGCCCUGUGUAAGGAAAUAUUUCUAAUUUUUAUAUUUUAGUACAAAAAUACCUUUGUAAAUAAAAUAAUAGAAUGUGUUUUUUGUAUCUUGAAUGAGUACUCAUUUUCAUGUAUUAAAAGUGUGUCCUAUAUUUUUAUAAAGCACUUGAAGGAAAAGGGUGUUAUCAUUUGUAUUGUUAAAAUAAAUGUUCAUUGAUUGAAGUAUUAAAAAUAAAGAUAUAUUUGUAAA